GGCGAGGAGACGAGGAGAGAGGGACGAGAAGGGGGCUGGGAGGGACCGGAGCGCAGAACACAUUACUAAUUCACAGCUGUUGUUUGGCGAUGUUAGUUUGGACCACAAACCGUAAAACAUGUCUGGAACGGGUGAACUGUGAAGAGGAACGACAGCAAGAGGAGAAGUGUCAGCACAUACCUCAGCCAGCUGAAGCUGUUUGGUGGUCGGAGAGAGAUGGACUCAUUUAAGAAGGAGCUGGAGGAGGAGCUGAAGCUCAGCACUGAGGACCUGAGGAGCCAUGCAUGGUAUCACGGACUGCUGAGCCGAGAGGCUGCCGAGUCUCUGUUAGAGAAGGAUGGAGACUUCCUGGUCCGAGACUCAAGCUCUGCCCCUGGUGACUACAUUUUGAGCUGCUUUUGGAAGAAAGGGCCCAUGCACUUUAAGAUCAUACGAGUGAUCCUUCGUCCCAAAAAGGGCUACUCUCGGGAGCUGUUCCAGUUUGAGGAGGAUCGCUUUGACAGUGUUCCUGCUCUGAUCCGAUUUUAUGUGGGCGGGCGUCGGCCCAUCUCUAAGGCCUCAGGCGCUGUGGUCUUUCACCCAAUCACACGGACCCUUCCUCUGCGUGUCAUCACAGAGCGACAUGCAGAGUCCAAAAGCAGCAAUAGCAGCAGCAGUAGAGGUGCAGGUGGCGAAAAACACACUGAAGCCAACAAAAGACGCAGCUUCUGCUCUUCGCACAUUGACACACUGCAGGUCAUCAAUCCACUGCUAAGGAGUGGAAGUCAACCUGCUAACUUGGAGAAUGUGGGACGGAGGCCUUCACUUCAGUCUGCACAAUCUGACAGCAACCUACGGACUGGAACUGGUGUUCCACAGAACACUCAGUCAGAGGACACUGGCCCCGCCCCCAUCUCCCCUGUGUUUCGCACAGGCAGCGAACCCCUUCUGAGCCCACAACCACGACACACACGACCCUGUCAUCCAGGUGGUGGUGUAACUUUACGAGGUUCAGAUGGACAGCUGCACCCCAGAGCUCCUCCUAAACCUCUCAGGGUCUCUACUGUCUUUGCCAACGCUAUCCCUCCCCCACCCACAGACCGGGACUAUGACCCCUCCUCUUUCUACGAUGAACUGGUCAUCCAGGUGCCACAGUCUGGGCGGAAAGGUCAUGUGGACCGACUUCGUGCAGAGGAGAAGUGGCAGAGCCGCGCCCGCCUCACAGAGACUUCCUUUGGGUUUCUGGAGGCUCAGCAGAAUGAAGCAUCAUCACAGCUGCCGUUUGACAUGGUGUUUCAGAAGAACACGACAGAGGAAGUGAAGGACUGGCAUUUUGAAAAGCCACAUAUGGAGUUAGAAUCGUGUUUCCAGUUGGACCAGUUUCAGUCACUGCUCUUGCCGGAGAACAACCGGCCUCUAGAGCCCAGUGUCCUGCUGGCACUCAAAGAGUUCUUCAACCGCUCUAACGCCAACACAACUGCUCUCCACAUGCUCAGUGUUGACUGCCAGGUAGCGCGCAUCGUUGGGGUGACUGAUGAGCAGAAAAGGAUUAUGGGAGUUGGAUCAGGGCUGGAGCUUGUCACUUUGCCACAUGGACACCAGUUGCGACAGGAUUUGUUAGAAAGGCAUCAUCUAUUAGCACUGGGAGUCGCAGUGGACAUCCUAGGCUGCACAGGGACUGUGAGCCAGAGGGCAGCCGUUUUACAUAAAUUAAUCUUAUUGGCUCAGGCUCUGAAAGAACACGCCCACGACCUCUAUUCCUUCUCAGCCGUGAUGAAAGCUCUGGAGAUGCCUCAGAUAAUGCGACUGGAGAUGACGUGGCGUGCACUGCGGAGGAACCACACAGAGACUGCGGUUUUAUUUGAGAAGAAACUCAAACCCUUUAUGAACUUGCUUAAUGAGGGAGACGACUCUGUAGUCCAGGGUCCUAUAGCCGUACCACACCUUGUUCCUCUGCUGAUGACAAUGGAGGGUGAGGACCCGGUGGAGAACAGUGAGCGAGGCUGUCAGCUUCUGUAUGAUGUCCUCCAAUCAGCUCGCAGAGCUGCGCUGCAUGCACAAGAUUAUCAGCAGCAUGCACACUCUCUGCUCACAGAUGUCCAUCACACUGUUUCAGCAGGAGACUGGAAGCCAAUCCCUGAGCUGCUGGAGGCUUUCCAGACAGAGUUUGCCCUGAGGCUGUUCUGGGGUCAGUCAGGGGCAGCAGCUGACAGAAAGGAGCGCUACAUGAAGUUCGACAAGAUUCUUUGUGUCCUCUCUGAUAAACUGGAACCCGUGGAGAUCACCCCACAACAACCUGACGCUCUAACCUGAGCCUUAGGGCCUGUUUCACUAAGUGAAAGGUGAAAUCAGCACUUUCUUCACUAGAAGAACAUAAAAAGCAGUGAAUAAAGUGAAACAUUUAAGUUGACCCUCGUGUUGCAGGAGCUAAGGCAGCGAUCACACAGGCAAGGGGAGAAGUUAUUUUUGAGAUGUGAGAAGGUUAAGCUUAUCAUGCGACAGUGGAUUAUUUUUCCUUUUUAAGCAAAUAUGAAAUUGUUUACCCAAAAACUAGCAUCUGUUUACUUCUUCCAUUGUGCAUUUCUGAUCAGACAGUUUGGAAUCAAGUAUACAACAAGUGUUGCUUGUCAAAAGGACCAACAUGAACACUAUUAAAAUUAAGUUAGUUCCCUUUGUACAUGACCUGCUGCUGUUAAGCAACCACACUGGAAACUGUGUUUUUGAUCGUUUCUGAUGCAAUAAAUGUAUUUCUUUA